AAAAGCGAAGUGGUGGAGUGCUCCGACGGGGCGGCUGCUGGCCUUCCGGGCCGGGCCGCCUCCGAACUGCUGGCCAUGGCGUCGGAGGGGCCGCGGGAGCCCGCGGGCGAGGGUAUCAAGUUGUCACCAGAUGUCAAACCAUUUGUCCCCAAAUUUGCUGGGCUCAGUGUGGCAUGGUUAGAGUCUUCAGAAGCACACGUGUUCCCUAGCUGUGCAGCCACGUACUACCCUUGUGUUCAGGAACUACCAGUCCCUGCGCAGAAACUCUAUCCUGAAAAUAUGGCCUUUGGAGCUUCCACAUUUCCACAUCAGUAUUUGUCUUCGGAGAUGGCUCUUCAUCCAGGCUCCUAUUCUCCUUACACCCUGGAGUCUGCACAGAGUGUCUGCCCAGUGCCUGGCUCCCAGUAUGAUCGCAGCCAGCCUGGUCGUUACCGGGGUUUCCAGGCAGCAAGGCCACGCUAUGACCACGUGUGCCCUCUCCCACAGGAUGCCAGAGCUCUGUAUAAGAAAAAAACGUAUGAUGAGCAAAAGUUUGACAGUAAGAAGGCCGAUGGAGCUGUACCACCUGAUAUGAAGUCAGUGAAAUGCUCGCAGUAUAUGUCCUUUCGUGCUGACACUAAUUUGAAAUCAGAUGGUUAUCAUAAACGGACAGACAGGAAAUCUAGAAUCAUUGACAAAUGUGGACCUGCCUCCAAACCUGAGCUUGCAUUGACCAGAUUGGAUUGUCCUAAACUGCAGGGUGCAGAGAAGAAUGAGAUACUAGAGACACCAAAGCAGCCCAAGUGGGGGCCCUUGCGCUCUGCCUCUGUGGAGGACACUUCUCUUGGAAGGGGGGGGAAGCCCUCUCCAGGCCUGGCGGAGGGUGAAAUAUUGGUGAAAAAUAAUAAUCCAACUGACGCUGUGACUGCUGACCACGCUGCUGCCGGGUCCUCUCCGUGUACCAGAGAUCCUAAAAAUGGUAGCAUAUCAUCUUCUCAAGUUCUGUCUUCGGAUCCUUUCUACAGCAGAGAGAAACUCAUUGUCCACUCAGCUAAAAAGUCCGAAGCCUCCCAAGGCGGUGAUCCUGAGCAAAAUGAAGCCUCGAGAAAGUCUAAGAAAAGGAAAGAAAAGUUCAAAACAAAAUGUGAAGUCCUGACAGUGCAAGAGCCGCCAAGGAUUGAAGACACCGAGGAGUUUCCCAAUCUGGCAGUUGCAUCUGAAAGAAGAGACAGAGUAGAGUCACCGAAAUUUCAAUCUAAGCAUCAGCCACAGAAUCAUUUUAAAGGUGGAAAGAAGAGCCAAAUUCCAGUGCAGCUGGACCUGGGGGGCAUGCUGACCGCGCUGGAAAGGAAGCAGCGCUCCCAGAAUGCAAAGCAGCUCUCCAAGCCCGCGGUGUUUUCAGUCGGGGCGGUUCCUGUGCUCUCCAAAGAGGCCAUGUCGGGGAAGAAGGGCCACCGCUUCAGCCAGGUGAAGACCCCGCACAACCCGUUGGACUCCAGCGCCCCCCUGAUCAAGAAGGGGAAGCAGAGGGAGGUCCCCAAGGCCAAGAAGCCAACCUCCUUGAAGAAGAUUAUUUUGAAAGAACGGGAGGAGAGAAAGCAGCAGCGUCUCCAGGAAAACGCUGCGAGCCCAGCAUCUGCCGGGGACGAAGCGCUGGAUGUGGAGAGCGGUGGUGACGGCCUGGCUCCGGAGCGAGGUGAGCCCUGGGGUCCCCGUUCUCGGUUGUCACCCGUGAGCUCCCCUCCUGCACUCGAGAGCCCGUCAGAAGAGUCGCUGGGAGCUGAGGUCCAGAAGGAGGUGGCAACCUGUUCCCUGACCCCGGAAGGUGCCAGCGGCCCCAAGAUCCACAGCCGGAGAUUCAGGGACUACUGCAGCCAGGUGCUCAGCAAAGAGGUCGACGCCUGUGUGACAGACCUGCUGAAGGAGCUGGUCCGCUUCCAGGACCGCAUGUACCAGAAGGAUCCCGUCAAGGCCAAGACCAAACGCCGGCUCGUGCUGGGGCUGAGGGAGGUGCUCAAGCACCUGAAGCUCCGGAAGCUGAAGUGCGUCAUCAUCUCUCCCAACUGUGAGAAGAUCCAGUCCAAGGGCGGGCUGGACGACACCCUGCACACCAUCAUCGACUACGCCUGUGAACAGAACAUUCCCUUUGUGUUCGCGCUCAACCGCAAAGCCCUGGGGCGCAGCUUGAACAAAGCCGUGCCUGUCAGCGUGGUGGGGAUCUUCAGCUACGACGGGGCGCAGGACCAGUUCCACAGGAUGGUUGAGCUGACAGUGGCGGCGCGGGAGGCGUACAAGACCAUGCUGGAGAGCGUGCGUCAGGAGCUGGCAGGAGAGCCCGGCCCCCCGCCCCCUGCUGGCCUGCCUGCGCCGGGCCCGGGCUGCUCUGCAGAGGACGGCCCCCAGGCUGCCCCGAAGACGGAAGAGCCACACUACAUUGAGAUCUGGAGAAAGCACCUGGAGGCGUACAGUCAGUGUGCCCUGGAGCUGGAAGAAUCGCUGGAGGCGUCUACCUCGCAGAUGAUGAACUUGAACUUAUAAGAAGCGUCUUUUGUGUAUUUGUGUAUUUAGGGUAAGGAGGGGUGGAGGUUCGAACAACUUCGUGGCCCACCCUUUAGUUCUUCAUUAACCUGAUGUAUUGAGGAUACUGUUUAAUUGGGGUGUUGGCAGCGUGGAGGGCCUGGGAGGCAGCCUCUGGGGCAUGCUAACGGAGACCUUUCUAGAAGCCCUCUGAGCAUACUGUGAAUCUGGAAGACACUGGAAGAGGAACUUGAGUCCUCUGCUGCUGAGGACACAUCCUGUGCGUUUCAGAGGAGCCGAGCAGGUUAGCGAGGCUGUGCCAGCAGGAGCAGUGUGGCAGGCAGCCCUCAGUCCUGGUGACCCGGCCCUGGGCUGCCCGGGCCGUGCUCCUCCCGCGGGGACCUGCAGGGCUUGCUGAAAUGAGCCUCCAGAAAAAUCGAUUUUCUAACCUGUGACCUUUGACAUGAAUUACUUCUUUUAGUCUUUAUUUUUCAAAGAAACAAUGUAUAUUGAAAUUCCUAAAUUUCUGUUUUGAUAAUCUACAAAUCUUUGUUUUGUAAAUGAACAUAUUCUGAGUGGGAUUUCUGUCUCUGAGGCCAGGAGGCAAAAAGUUUACUUUCCUAUUUUCCUGUAAGUAAGAGGGCUUAUUUAUUUU